UUCAACCUGAGGAAGCAGAGUUUCCCCUCACGUCCAUAUCGCUGAGCUUACCUCUGUCUGAUAUUUGUGGAUGAAAAUUUAGUAUUACUCAGUAAGUUCAAGGAGGAAUAAUGUUCGAAAACUUCAGAGAAAGACUUCAUAUGGUCCAACAGGAUUUCACCACCGGCUUUAAGACCCUUGGAGACAAAUCAAGAGACCCCAAAAGCAGAAGGAGACCCAGGUUUGAAGAAAGUCUUCCUUAUUUCAGUGCUGGAGUUGAAAUCCUCAGCCGGUAUGAGGACGGCUGGUUUGUUCUCCAUAAAAGAACCAAAGACUGUGCCCAGUCUGCAGAGGCAGCAGAUGGCGACAUUGUGAUGCUGUCAGCUCACUGGGAGAGAAGAAGAACAGCUCUGAAUCAGCUUCAGGAACAGCUGCAGAGUUUACCAGCCUUCAUUAGUGAACUAGACACCAUCACUGCCAACAUCGCGCUGCUGGAGGGAGACUUUGAGGAGAUGGAGAGCAGACUGGUUUAUCUGGAGACUCUGUGUGCUCAAUGUGAACAACAAACGUCCAAACAACACCACAUCAACCAGCUGGAGGGCUACAAGAAGAAGAAAAGGAAGGAGUUGGAGGCAUUUGAAGCGGAGCUGAAUGCUGAGCAUGCUCAGAAGGUGGCCGAGCUGGAGCACGCCAUGCAGCAGAAACUGAGAGAACGACAGAAAGUAUACGAAGAAGCUUUUAACCAGGACAUGAAGGAGUACCUGUCCACUGGAUACCUGCAGACCAGACAAUCCACCGGCGCCGACGUCAGUGUCCUGGACCAGAUGACGAUAACUAACACGUCAGACCUGGAGGCGCUGGAUGACUUCCUCAACUCCACCAGUGAUGACAUCAGCACUGGAUCGUCUCUGACCUCAGGUCCAGACCUCGAGUCCUGCUCCUCUGAAUCUUCAAGAAGCCAAAUGCACCAAACCCCUCCCACAAACCCCAUACAAUCCAAUCAGGACGCAGCGUGGGAGCAGGAAGAGGAAGCGUGCAGCGAGGAGAGCAAUGAGCUGGUGGUUCAGUCGGACGAGGAGGACGUCCAGCCUGACUUGUCUCUGUCGGGUCUUCAGGAUGUCGGCCCACUGAAAGGCUCUGACGACAGCGACCCUGCAGAGGAGCUGCCCUCAGGGUAGCCAGAGUCUGGGACUAUUGAGACCCCAUUAAAAACACUUUUGUGGACUCUGUAAUGGCCUGAAACAAAAACAUCAAUCCCCAAUGUGAGCAGAGCUAGAAUUCUUUUAUGUCUACAGGAUAAUCCCAGUGUCUCUAAACCCUACUCUAAACAUGGCAUCCUAUUAAAGGAGUAUUACAACAA